CAAUUAAAAACUAUGGUGAGUAGAUUAUGGCGGGCUCUUGGUCAUUGGAUCGUCACAGAGGGUGUACCUCCACUUGCUGCGCGGGUGACCUCAAGGAUAAGAGGAACGACUCGUCGCUGUUGGGCAGGCGGCUCUCGGAGGACUCGGGCCGCCACCGGCUGCUGGAGAAGUGGGCGAGCAUGUGGAACUCCGUGAGCACAGACGCCUCCGAGGCCAGCACCGAGAAGUUUCCCGAGGAGGCGGCCCCGGCGGAGCCCCCGCUGGUGUUCCUAUGCUCUGGCUGCCGGCGUCCGCUGGGCGACUCGCUGAGCUGGGUCACCAGCCAGGAGGACACCAACUGCAUCCUGCUGCGCUGUGUUUCCUGUAAUGUUUCUGUGGAUAAAGAGCAGAAGCUUUCCAAACGUAAAGAUGAAAAUGGUUGCAUUCUCGAGACCCUGUACUGUGCGGGUUGCUCCCUCCAUCUUGGCUAUGUAUUCAGGUGCACUCCCAAGAAUCUAGAUUAUAAGAGGGACUUGUUUUGCCUCAGUGUUGAAGCCAUUGAAAGUUAUACUUUAGGGUCCUCUGAAAAACAAAUUAUGCCAGAAGAUAAAGAGCUUUUUAAUCUUGAAAGCCGAGUUGAAAUAGAAAAGUCUCUAAAACAGAUGGAAGAUGUCUUGAAAGCAUUGCAAACGAAGCUGUGGGAGGUUGAAUCAAAAUUGUCCUUUAUGAGCUGCAAAAGCUGAACUCUGUUCCAUGUUGCGUGUCUCUUGUUCUUUCCCAUCCAUUAUGUCUUAAAUGAGAAGAAUUGUAGAAUCAUUUCUGCAGCUGUAUUUUAUGGCAAAGAGGUGAUUAUUUCCCACAUUAGAAUUUUUAAGCUACUUUGUGAUACUUGCUGGAAUUGAAAUUUAGGAGUUUGUAUUUUGAUAAGAAACUGGGCUGAGUUUUUAGAAUUAUUUUCUUUCUGUGUCAGACUCAUUAUUAUUGAUUUUCUAUUUUUUAAAGAAUAAUUUUGCUUUUAAUACUUUGGACAGUGGGCUGGGAUUGUGGCUCAGCGGUAGAGUUCUCAUCUAACAUGUGCAAGGCCCAGGGUUCAAUCCUCAGCACCACAUAAAAAUAAAUAGAUAGAAUAAAGAUAUUAUGUCCAACUACUUCUAAAAAAUAAAUGUUUAAAAAAAUACUUUGGACAGUAUUAAAUAGUGAAUGGUAAAAAUCUUAAAGAGUUCUCUCUCUCUCUCUCUCUCUCUCUCUCUCUCUCUAUAUAUAUAUAUAUAUAUAUAUAUAUAUAAAUAUAAUUUAGUUGUAGAUGGACACAGUACCUUUAUUUUAUUAUUAUUUUUUUAUGGUGCAGGGGAAUCGAACCCAGUGCCUCACGCAUGCUAGGCAAGUGCUCUACCACUGAGCCACAGCCCCGGCCCUUAAAGAGUUUUUUCUGCAUCUUGCGUGAUUGAAUCUUCUUUAAAAACUAAUGCUUAAAGUUCUCUGGAGAACCUGUCUAUUGAGUUAUUUGUCAGAACCAUGUGGAAACUUAGACAAGAACAGAGAAGCACAAAUGUAUAUAAGGGUCCCACUUUAUGCUACUUAUUUACUACUAUAUGCUUAAUAAAAUUUAUCAGAGAGUAAUAAGUAUCUCUAGGGGUAGGAUUCUGGGAGAAUUUUUUUUUUUUUUUUUUUGGUUUUCUGUAGUGUAA